CAUGACGCCCGCGGCGCGUUCGACGGAAUGCGCCGCCGCGCACCGCCCAUGUGGGCGCCUCCCCUCCCGUGCCACCCGCCGCGCGCACGAGCGCGCGAGCAAGACGUCGCUGUGCCAGCUGCGCGGCGCCGCGCUGGGCGGGGAUGGGGGUGGCGCGAGGCGGACGUCACCUCCCCUCCUCCCUUUUUGACCCGGGCAACCUCCUCCUCCACCUCCACCACCACCUCCGCUUCCCGUCCAUGUCACGCAUUUGUUCGCUUUUGCUCCCACCCCGCUUGUCCUCUUCCCCCGCCCCGGCCGCCUACUGGUCGCCCGCUCUCGCGUCUCUCUCGCGGCCUCUCCUCUCUUUAUCCUCCCUCCCCGUGGUCGCCGUCGAGCACAAGACACCGGUGGCUCGCCCGUCUCUCCGGUGGUAGUUGGCCCCCUUUCGCCUCGGUUCUUCUUGGCGAUCGAGCCGGCAGAGUCCGACGCUCUUUCUUUCCCGGGUUCCUCGGGGUCGAGUCCAAAGGUGCCUUGUGAAGAAAAAUAUCAGGUCAUCACCUAACGUGGUUGGAGUUUGAUCUGGGUUGGCCUCACUGACUGCCAAGGAGUCUAAAUAGCUGGUUUAGGAGCACUGCACCAGCAUUUUGCUUAAGUGGAAGUUCUCAGAGGUUUUCCAGGUAUGUCAAAUGUAACUGAUACAGAGUUUCUCUGCUGCAUUCGGUUUGUUAUUUUUCUUGCUAUUUUGUUCUUGUUUCCUCGUGGGAAUUCAGACCGAAACUUAUGAUUGGACUCGUGGUGCGGUUCGUCACCGAUAACUUCUGUUCGAUGUGGCUCAAAGAAAUUUGAUCCUCAUAUAAGCUCCAGAUCAUGGGUUGGUUAAACAAAAUAUUUAAAGGCUCAGUAAACAGAGUUUCAAGGGGUCAUUAUGAUGGCCACUGGCAUGAAGGCAACCAAUCUGAGCAUACCAGAGAUGCAUAUGAUGAGAGCGACAGUGAAGAUAUAGCCCGUGCUAUUGCAUUAUCCUUAGCAGAGCAAGAUCCAAAUAAGGGAAAGGCUAUUGAUCCUGAUUAUAGUUUGGAGGAAGAUGAGCAACUUGCACGGGCUCUCCAGGAGAGCCUUAAUACUGAGUCUCCUCCUCAUCAAAAUGCUCCUGUUGAGAAUGUUCCAACAGAGAGUAUCCCAGCAAGGGAGCCACAUCAGCAUGUCUUGCCCUCAAGUGGAUUCAGGACUUGUGCUGGAUGCAGAAAGCCAAUUGGUCAUGGGCGUUUUCUUAGUUGUAUGGAUGAAGUUUGGCAUCCUCAGUGCUUCAAAUGUUAUGCUUGCAAUAAGCCCAUAUCAGAGUAUGAGUUCGCCAUGCAUGAAGACCAGCCAUACCACAAAUCCUGUUAUAAAGAUUUUUUUCAUCCAAAAUGUGAUGUCUGCAAGAACUUUAUUCCGACAAAUAAGAAUGGCCUGAUCGAAUACCGAGCACAUCCUUUUUGGAUGCAAAAGUACUGCCCUUCCCAUGAAGAUGAUGGCACUCCUAGGUGUUGCAGCUGUGAAAGAAUGGAGCCAACGGACAUCAAAUAUAUUACAUUAGAUGAUGGGAGGAAACUGUGCUUGGAAUGUCUCACUUCCGCAACAAUGGACUCUCCCGAAUGCCAACACCUUUACAUGGACAUUCAGGAAUUUUUUGAAGGUUUGAAUAUGAAAGUAGAACAGCAAGUUCCAUUACUUCUGGUUGAGCGUCAGGCUCUGAAUGAAGCGUUGGAAGCUGAGAAAAGUGGACAUCACCUUCCUGAAACCAGAGGUCUAUGUCUUUCUGAAGAACAAAUUGUCAGAACUAUCUUAAAAAGACCAACAAUUGGACCAGGAAACAGAAUUAUGGAUAUGAUUACAGGACCAUACAAGCUGGUCCGACGGUGUGAAGUGACCGCCAUCCUAAUACUGUAUGGUCUACCAAGAUUGCAAACUGGCUCCAUCCUUGCUCACGAGAUGAUGCACGCAUAUCUUCGCCUUAAAGGAUACCGAUCCCUUAGCCCUCAGGUUGAAGAAGGCAUCUGUCAAGUCCUAUCCCACUUGUGGCUUGAGUCUGAAAUCAUCGCCGGUGCUAGUGGCAACGCUGCUUCCAGUUCGGCAUCAUCAUCGUCUUCGUCGGCAGCUCCUACCUCUUCAAAGAAAGGAGCAAAGACAGAAUUUGAGAAGAAACUCGGGGCGUUCAUCAAGAAUCAGAUCGAAACAGAUUCAUCCGUGGAAUAUGGGGAUGGUUUUCGGGCAGGCAUUCAAGCGGUUGAACAAUAUGGCUUGAGAAGUACCCUUGAUCAUAUGAGGUUGACAGGGUCCUUUCCUUAUUGAUGAUCAUUCAAUUAAAGAGAAGAACAUUACUCCAAUUUGUGAAGAUGGCUGCAUAUUUUGGAGGUUAUUUGGUGGAAUUAGAUGCAUCAUAUAUAUAUACAACAGGAUAAGAUUAGUUUACAGUAAAGUAAUAAGAAGAGAAAGAAAGAUUAUCCGUAUAGAUAUUUGCAAAUUUUCCUGUUGUCUGUGAAAUAAUACAUGUAAGUCUUAAGAUAUCGAGGUACUAUAGUUGUUUUUCACAUUGCCAGCAUACAGGGCAAACUUUGCUGAACAUAUCUUACAUACAGGAGUACAACAUUUGGAUAAAUUGUGUGGGAAA